AUGUCUUCGUUCGAUUCCCUGCAGGUGAAUCUGGAAGACGACAGACCCAGGAACGAGCGCCACCUUCCGGAUGAUGCCAGUAAGCGGGAAGGAUCAGACGUGGAGGAAGAUAUAGGUUUGGAAACCUGUCUGAACCUAGUGAGCAAACGCUACGUGAAGUGGAUAAAUAAGUUUCUGAACUACCCCCCACUUCGCUAUAUGAAUCUGAUGGCCCAAGUCUGGUGGUCCUUGGAGAUGAACCCUACCAACAGGCUGGAGCCCGUAUCCGGGUGGCCCUUGUCGCUGUGGUCCUUGCGAUUCUGCAACACAGAUCUGAUGUCUGCAUUCAUGUGGAAACUAGCGCUCUUGAUUUUGCUAAGUCACUGGGUGGUGUUUCUCAACGCCAUGAUUGGCAAGAACGACAAAGCGAAAAGAAACAGGUUUUUCGAACACGGUCACUGGUACUGGAUAACGUAUUACGGGUCAGGUGGAACAGGAAUUUCACAGAUGUUUUGGGCUAUUCGAGCGAUGAUGUCCCUGACAAUGAUAAUGACCCUGUCUCUGUUUGAUCUCGCUCGGGGCCUGAAAAAGGUGUGGAUUGCGUCCUGCAACUGCUAUCAAACUGAGGCAUCCCACGCCAAGACAGACUAG